AUGAACGGAGUGUCUGUGGAUAUCAACCAUUUAAAGAAAGGCGAGGUGAACCUCGGUACGUCGAUUAUGGCGGUCACGUUUAAAGACGGUGUUAUUCUCGGUGCCGAUUCCAGAACUACUACAGGUACUUAUAUUGCCAAUAGAGUGUCCGAUAAGUUGACCCAGAUCCACGAUACCAUCUACUGUUGUCGUUCAGGCUCUGCUGCUGAUACCCAGGCGGUGGCAGAUAUUGUCAAGUACCAUUUACAGGUGUACUCGUCGCAAUUGCCGCCAGGAGAGAAGCCUUCGACCAAGGUGGCUGCCAGUGUUUUCCAGGAGAUCUGUUACAACAACAAGGACGCCUUGACGGCGGGAAUCAUCUGUGCUGGCUACGAUAAGAAGAACAAGGGUAAGGUUUUCUCGAUUCCAAUUGGUGGUUCCAUCCACGAGCAACAGUACGCCAUUGCCGGUUCAGGGUCGACGUUCAUCUACGGAUGGUGUGACGAGAACUGGAAGCCAGAAAUGGAAAAGGACGAAUGUGUACAGUUUAUAAAAACGGCAUUGGGCGAGGCCAUCAAGUGGGACGGCUCGUCGGGCGGUGUGGUGAGAAUGGUCAUUUUGACCGAGCUGGGCGUGGAGCGCUUGAUCUUCUACCCUGAGGACUACCAGAAAUAG